UUUGUAGUUGUUGCGUUUCAAUUUUAAUUGCUUUGCGUGGGAAACGACGAACAUUUAAUUUGUUAUCACUCCGAGUAUAUAAGAAAGAACAAAAGCUGUGAAAGCGUUUCAGAAAGAAACUGACGCGGCAAGGAAAAGUUUUGUGUUUGGUCGAAAUGUUGUCGCUGCUCUUCGCGUUCGCCCUCCUCUGGCCAACAUCGCUGGCCACGUUCGGCCCCACCGUGGACGCAGAUUGGUCCGGCACCUUCCCCUACGUCGUCCGUCUUGGAUAUUCCCCUCCUUUUGCGAAAGAUUACACCAGUAUGGGUAUGGUUGUCAGCGCCAAGAUUGUGAUCAUCGGCGAAUGGGCUCUUUCGACGCAAAUCACAAACGAUCCAAAAGACUACGUACUGACCGACUACACCCUUGAGAAGCGGCCGAUGGCCAGGAUCAUUGGGCUCGCGUCGCCCGCCAUCUUCGUCACCAAAGUCUGCAAACCUUUUGGCCCGGCGCGUUUCAACUUGACGCAGGCAGAAUUCUUCGACUACGCGGCCAACUCGGACAACGCCGCCAUCAUCUUUUUCCAGUUCAAUACCCUCAAGUCGAUGUCGACGCAGGUUUUGUCCGACACCAACUGCAACGCCGUUUACCCGGGCAAGGCGCCAACGACAGCGUGCAUCCGACGAGACACAACCCCCGGAAUUUGCAGGGCAUACCUUCGAGACGCGUGGAACACGGGCACGACCUACAUCCACGGCCCCUCGCUGGUGGUCAACAACCGUGUGCAGGGCGCCAUCAAGUUGGCCCAAUGCAGUGACCCCGGUCUUGAUAAUACUAAGGAAACUACUUUCUACAAGUUCGACGCCUACCGCAGCGCCAUUCUCGGAGUCGACGGCGCCGUCGUUGACAAUUCAUAAUU